AUGGCUGUCACUUCAGUGAUAACGACUAUUGCGCCGCUGGCCAAGAAGAAGGACCGCCAGCGCGCGUUGGAGAUACUCCAGAAGGUUGCGAUUGAGGUUGCCCCUGUGAUGCGUGUCUACGGUUUCAAAGUGUCCACGCUUUGUGAGUUCUAUCCUAAAAAUCCCCAGCUUUUGGGGCUCAAUGUCAACCAUGGAGCAAAAAUUUGUCUGCGUUUACGUUACCCCCACUCAGAGUCUCAGUUUCUUCCACUGGAAGAUGUGAUCCAGACCAUGCUGCACGAGCUCACCCACAACAAGUUCGGCCCCCACGAUAACAAAUUCUACAAGCUGUUAGACGAACUCCGUGAAAAAUACCGCUCCAUCAAACAAAACGGGUCCUUACAAGAAACAGGCUAUGUUGCCGAGAGCCAAAUGCUUGGUGGCCGCCAGCAGGGCCUCAUCCGAGAAAUGCGAGUCAAGAAGCUCAGUCAGAUCAAGUAUGUUGCAAAAGUCGAAAAGCUGGGGUCUAAUAAACCAAAACAGAACAAGAGCAUGCGCGAAUUGAUGCUCGAAGCUGCAGAAAGACGGGCAAAAGACUCCAAGUCGUGCUCCGUCGACCUAACUGCCGUCCCGGACGAUGAUGAACUCUUACCAACUUCAAAACCGGAACCAGAACCGGAACCGGAAAUUAUAGAGAUUCUAGAUGAUUGA